GACUUAAACCCAACAGAAGGCUGGGCUUGGUGCAUGUCAGAACUCUUUUGCUUUUCAUAAAGCCAGGGACUGCAAGGCUUUAAAUAUUUGGACUCCGAGUUAUGUAGCAGAAUCUUGGCUGGUGCAGCUUUCUAUGCCAUGGAGCUUACACGGGGGUUCCCAUCUCCCUGGAUGUCCUGGCAUCAUGGAAGAGGUGGACAAGAUUCUCAUUCGUUCCCUCCGCCUCUCUGGGACGGAGAUCCCAGACGAAGUGCAGAGCAUCCGUGAGUUCACCACUGAGCUGAUAGUGGAAUCUGUUGUGCGAUGUCUCCGUGUCAUCAACCCUUCUGUGGGGGCAGGCCUCAGCCACAUCCUGCCUCCAGGCAUGUCUGCUCGCUUCCGGAUUGGCAUGAGCCUGGCACAAGCUUGUCAGGAUUUAGGAUAUCAAGGGGAAGUUGGCUACCAGACUUUCUUGUACAGCAGUGAGCCUGAAAUCAGACGCCUCCUCCUGUUUCUGGUAGAGAAGCUCCCGCGAGAUGCCUCUGAGGAUGCCAGUCAGCCUGUGGGCAAAUCAACAACGCUUCACAGAGCUAUUGCUGUUGCCAUCAAGGAGCAACUGGCUGUCCCCUGGGUGCCCCCUGCCUGUCGCACCCCCCGCCUGCAGCUGUUACAGGGUUCAUGCCUACUGAAGCGAUUCCAAGCUCAGCCCCUGGUCUUGCCUUGGGAGUCAAAUCUAGUCCCUGGGAAGGUGCCCCCAGAGAGGAAAGAGUUCUUUGUCAAGUUCCUGCCCCCUGUGUCAGCCCAGCUGCCACAAACAACGUCCUUGGUGCCAUCCCUGUUGGAGCGUAAUAUGGCUGAGCUGAGUGCAGCCCAAGAUUGGGAAAGUGAAUGGAAGAGCCAGGGCCUUGGAUCACGCAUGACUCCAGAGGAGUACCGUCAAUGGAAGCUUCAGCGGCUGCAGCGUCGCCUCCUGGACCAGCUACGCCAAGCUUCUCCUUCUCUUGGGCCUGCUCAGCCGGGCACAACCGGCCGUGACUUGAUCCAGCUCCUGGGCAGCUUUGGUGCUGGCCACGAGCGUGCUGGGGCUCUGGCCAAGGGGUCUCGUUUCACCCAUACUCAGAACUUGGCCUAUAAGCAGGAAGCCGAGCACCCAGUGCAAGUGGAGACUAUACCAAUCUCCCGGACAUCAGAACAGGAAUUAAGGGAAAAGCAGGCAGCAGAACUGGAGACCUUGGAAGGUGAACUGGGCCGUCUUGUGGGACAAAUUGGAGAUCUUGAGGGCCAGAUGGCCACACUGGGACUGACCCUCACACAGGUGGAGGGGGAGGUGCGGCAGCGGCAGUUAGGAGUGACAGAGCAGGAGCAGACAUUGCGUGUGAAGGGGCGUACUGUGGAGCUGCUGCCUGAUGCAGAGAACAACAUGGCCAAGCUGCAGGUGGUGGUUGAGAGCAGUGCACAGCGGAUCAUCCAGCUGGCUGCCCAGUGGGAGAAGCACCGAGUGCCGCUAACCCAAGAAUUCCGGGAGCUCAAGGCCCUCCAUAACUCAAAAGAGCUGGAAUCAUCACGGCGCCUAUUAGAGAUCAGAGAGCUGCAUGAGCGGAUCCGAUCAGCUGCUGAUGAGGCCAAGCACAAGGAAGAUCUCUACAAACAGUUGCUUGUGGAGUUGGAAUCCCUUCCCAAGGAUGUAUCUCGCUCUGCCUAUACCCAGCGCAUCCUGGAGAUCGUGGGCAACAUCCGUAAGCAGAAAGAGGAGAUCACAAAGAUCUUGUCGGAUACCAGGGGGCUCCAGAAAGAGAUCAACGGCCUGACUGGGAAGCUAGACCGGACUUUUGCUGUCACUGAUGAGCUCGUUUUCAAGGAUGCCAAACGCGAUGAGGCCGUGAGGAAAGCAUAUAAGUAUUUGGCAGCCCUGCAUGAGAACUGCAGUCAGCUGAUCCAGACAAUUGAGGAUACAGGCACCAUCCUGCGGGAAAUCCGGGACUUAGAAGAGCAGAUUGAGAGUGAAACCAGCAAGAAAACCCUGAGCAACUUGGAGAGGAUCCUCAGUGACUACCGGGCGAUGAAGCAGGAAAACACGGCACUCCUCGGCCGUACCCGAGAGACGUGAAGGGCCCCAGUACUCGCCACAGAGGGCGUGUGGGGUCUGGCCUUCCUUCCAUUCAGACUCUGCUGUGCCUCUAAAAAGAAGGGGCGUGGAGAAUGAGCGGGGCUCAUCCUGGCUCUGUCUGCAUUAUGAGUUGCCUAAAACCGAGCCAAAGUGCAGCACAUUUCUGGGGGAAACAGAUCCCUUGUGCUAUCCUUCUGACACAGAUUGUAUCUUGGAGAAGCAGAUGCGAGGGGGGUGCAUUGUUUCCUCCAUUUAUUAUUUCAAGCAAAACCCCUUAUUCUCCAUCCCCCCCCCUUAAAAAAAAAAUCCAAUAAAAUCUCAUUUUGUUUUUUUGCA